UUUAACAAUAUAAAAGUUUUAAGUAUUUAUAAAUUCUUUUUAGAAAAAACGGAAAAUUGCUACAGGAAAACAGUAAUAAAUAAACUGAUCCGGAGGUAGUAGAUAUUUGGGCGGGAAAGCGACUGAUACGAUAAUUUUAGCUUGAAGCGGGAGUGCUCCAGUUGUCAAACGGGCAACCGCGACACGCCGGCCGGGACCGGUCCGGCCCUGCCCCGACACCACGCCUUUCGGGGAGCACGAGAAGUGGUCGCGGCGCGGCGCGCGCUUAUAUAUCCACGCCCCCUAGCAUCGCCCCGUUCACGCGAAGCAUCGCCUACGCUCUUCUGGUAGUGCUGCAACUUGGGCUCGCAAUGUGCCAGUCCCGAGUAGUUUGAACUGCCAGUCCUGAGUACGGUGGCAUAACGCCCACGAGCUUGCCGAGUCAUGAGCGAGGGCACGCGGAACACGCGCCGGUGCUUCGGCGCGUCGAGCAGCGGCGCCGGCGGGAGUGGCAUUGGCAGCGCGAGCUACCGGAAUGGUGCCACUGGGGUGGCGCGGACCAGCGGCGUGAACACGGGGAUCCUCGACGAGCACGUGCUGGCGCUGGUGUUCCGGUUGAUCAACUUUGACCCCAAGGCGCUGUGCACCGUGGCCUGCGUCAGCCGGCGGCUGCGGGCCGUCGCAGAGCGUGUGCUGUGGCGGGAGCUCUGCAUCUCCCGGGCGCCGCGGAUGGUGGCCUCGCUCACAGGGGCCGCGGUGGGGCCACCCCCGCCAGGGCGCAUUGUCGGCGGGUGGCCGGCGCUGGCGAAGCUGCUCUUCUUCUGCUGCGGCGCGGCGGCGGCGGCCGUGCCGGGGCACGUCACGGGGGUGUCCCGCUUCUCCAAGACCUCCGGGCGGAGCUUCCUGUCGCGGCGGUGCCGGGAGGACCUGCUGUACGUGUCGGACCCCUGCGAGCACACGGUGCCCGGCGCAGACGACGACGUGGGCGCCUACCGCGGCGUGUUCCGCGGGUUCAUGCGGUCGCGGACGCGGGCCUGCCUGAUGGACCGGCAGGCCGCACUGGACACGCGCGUGCGCUGCCCCUACUGCGGCGCGCGCGUGUGGAGCAUGGUCGCGGCGGGGCUGGUGCCCCGCAGCGCGUGGCGCAGGCUGGGCGCCUACGACGGCCGCCUCGAGUACUACGUCUGCGUCAGCGGCCAUCUCCACGGCAACUGCUGGCUCGCGCGCCUCACCUCCAGUGAAGGCGACCACGACGGCGGCUGCUCCGACGACAGCGACACGUCCACGGAAGGCGGCAGCGAGGACGGCCACGUCGCGCUGUAACUCCGGCAUCCAUGUCCAUCACCAUCACCAUGUGUUCGAUGGAUCGAUCGGUUGCAGAGGGCAGUAUAGUAGUCGGUGUGGAUCAGCGGAUGGAGUGGCUGGUUGAGCCAGCCUUGCGUUGGCGUAGCUAGCAACAGCAGCAUGCGUGCUCUGCUCUGACUGGGCCGUGUCUCAGGUGUCUUGGAUACGGCACGACUUCUCCUGUUCCAGCGAGCAGUGCACGCGGUUGUGUUUGUGUGGAUCUUUUUUUAAUGUGAUCUGACCUCGUUUUUUGUUCGUUAA